GCCCACCAGGUGGCAGGAAGCAGGACAGAGGUCACUUGAACUCAGACCACAGGUCCCUGUUAAAUACAUCAGCUUUUAAAUCAAUCUUUGUUCAAAGUCCAGUGGGUUCCAAGACUAGAGCUCACCAGCAGAGAGAGAAUUCCCUGGUGAACAGACCAGCUUUUCUUCUUCCCAGAUCCAGCACAGAAAUGGCUUCCACCUUCCAUCCACGAGAAUGUGAGCUGUCUAAACAAGAAGGGCAAAGCUAUGGCUUCUUCCUGCGAAUUGAGAAGGACACUGAUGGCCACCUGGUCCGGGUGGUUGAGAAGGGUAGCCCAGCGGAGAAGGCGGGCCUCCAGGAUGGAGACCGAGUUCUUAGGAUCAAUGGUGUCUUUGUGGACAAAGAAGAGCAUACGCAGGUUGUAGAUCUGGUCAGAAAGAGUGGGAAUUCGGUGACUUUACUAGUGCUGGAUGGGGAGUCCUAUGAGAAAGCAAUGAAAAACCAGGUAGACUUGAAAGAGUUGGGUCAAAGUCAGAAGGAGCCGAGUUUGAAUGAUAAGAAACUGGCCUCUGUGGUGAACGAAGGAGCACAGACUUGGACCCAGCCACGGCUCUGCUACCUAGUGAAGGAGGGGAACAGCUAUGGCUUCUCUCUGAAAACUGUCCAAGGUGAAAAGGGAGUGUACAUGACUGACAUAAUGCCUCAAGGUGUGGCUAUGAAAGCUGGUGUCCUGGCUGAUGAUCACUUGAUUGAAGUGAAUGGAGAGAAUGUAGAAGAUGCCAGCCACGAGGAAGUGGUUGCAAAGGUGAAGAACUCCGGAAGCCGUGUCAUGUUCCUGCUGGUGGACAAGGAGACUGACAAGCUCCAUGCUGAACAGAAGAUAAAAUUCAAGAGAGAAACAGCCAGUUUGAAACUGUUGCCCCACCAGCCCCGGGUUGUGGAGAUGAAGAAGGGAAGCAAUGGCUACGGUUUCUAUCUACGUGCAGGCCCAGAACAGAAAGGUCAAGUCAUCAAGGACAUAGAUUCCGGAAGUCCAGCAGAGGAGGCUGGCUUGAAGAACAAUGACCUGUUAGUUGCUGUCAACGGCGAGUCUGUGGAGUCCCUGGAUCAUGACAGUGUGGUGGAAAUGAUUAGAAAGGGUGGAGAUCAGACUUCGCUGCUGGUGGUAGACAAAGAGACGGACAACAUGUAUAGACUGGCUCAUUUUUCUCCAUUUCUCUACUAUCAAAGUCAAGAACUGCCUAACGGUUCUGUCAAGGAGGCUCCAGCUUGUACACAGGCUCCUGCUCUUGCUCCUGUAGAAGAUUCCAGUCCAGAUACUACAGAGGAAGUAGGAGAUCACAAGCCUAAGCUCUGCCGGCUGCUUAAAGGUGAAAAUGGCUAUGGCUUUCACUUAAAUGCGACUCAGGGUCGGCCAGGCUCCUUCAUCAAAGAGGUACAGAACGGCAGCCCUGCCGAAGUGGCAGGGCUGGAGGAUGAGGAUAUCAUCAUCGAAGUGAAUGGAGUGAAUGUGGAGGAUGAACCCUAUGAGAAGGUGGUAGAUAGAAUCCAGAGCAGUGGGAAGAAUGUCACACUCUUAGUCUGCGGAAAGAAGGCCUAUGAUUAUUUCCAGGCUAAGAAAAUUCCUAUUGUCUCCUCCAUGGCUGAUCCGCUGGCUGCCCCUGCUGAUUCCAAAGAAGAAACACUGGCAGAACCACAGCAUGACUCACACAUGGCGAAAGAACGAGCGCACAGUACAGCCUCACAUUCUUCUUCCAAUUCUGAAGAUACAGAGAUGUGAUGAGAACAAAUAAUGGCUUUGGCUGACAGCUGUUUCUGGGUAUUUAGUAGGAAUCCUUUCCUGAAGAAAGAGCUGCCAUCCAUUUACUGUCUCAGAGAGGACCUCCUCUGGAAACCAGUUCAUUAUGUGGGACUGUCUUCUGUUGUCAUUUGUCUUGGGGGUGACUACUGCAAUAGAUGGCUUAUUUAUGGUCAACUUAAGGCAGGACCCAGAUUUCAUGUGAUCUCUUUCAAGCUUCAACUUCACUACAUUUCCUCGUAAUUCUAUAGGCUCCUUGAGCACUAAAGAUGAUUCAUACAUGUGUAUACGUGAGAGCUGCUAUAAAGUAUC